CAAUGGCACACAAAACAAGUUUCUUUUUACUUUCCUGGAGAAUUUCACUGGGGAGAAAAGAGACUGUUAAAAGACUGACAGCUCAGAAAGUGGCUGGGAUCUCCUGGGCUCCCUCAAGCAUUAGUAUCUUAUCUCCCUUGUUCUCUGCUAUGCUGGCUCUUCUCCUCCCUUCUCUGUCCAGCAGAGGUUGGCUUCUUGUCACAGCUCUUCUAAGAGACUGCACUGCCCCCUCUACCCUGUAUACUCUUUUGUUUCAAUUUCUCAGCUUCUCUUCUGUUCUUUGUGCCAGCAGACGAUCGUGGAUCCAUUUUAUUUUACCUGCUAGGAGUUGCUGUGCAUAAAACUGGCGCAAUGUCCCUGCUCUUCUCUCGAUGCAACUCAAUUGUCACGGUCAAGAAGGAUAAGAGACACAUGGCUGAGGUGAAUGCUUCCCCACUCAAGCACUUUGUCACUGCCAAGAAGAAGAUCAAUGGCAUCUUUGAGCAGCUGGGGGCCUACAUCCAGGAGAGCACCACCUUCCUGGAAGACACCUACAGGAAUGCAGAACUGGACCCUGUUACGACAGAGGAGCAGGUUCUGGACGUCAGAGGUUACUUGUCCAAAGUGAGGGGCAUCAGCGAGGUGCUGGCACGGCGGCACAUGAAAGUGGCUUUUUUUGGCCGGACGAGCAAUGGGAAAAGCACUGUGAUCAAUGCCAUGCUUUGGGACAAAGUUCUACCCUCUGGGAUUGGCCACACCACCAAUUGCUUUCUGCGGGUGGAGGGCACAGAUGGCCACGAGGCCUUCCUCCUCACUGAAGGCUCAGAGGAGAAGAGGAGCGUCAAGACUGUGAACCAGUUGGCCCAUGCCCUCCAUCAGGAUGAGCAGCUGAAUGCUGGUAGCCUGGUGAGCGUGAUGUGGCCCAACUCCAAGUGCCCCCUUCUGAAGGAUGACCUUGUGCUGAUGGACAGCCCUGGUAUUGACGUCACCACAGAGCUGGACAGUUGGAUUGACAAGUUUUGCCUGGAUGCUGAUGUGUUUGUGCUGGUGGCCAACUCAGAGUCCACCCUGAUGCAGACGGAGAAGCAGUUCUUCCACAAGGUGAGCGAGCGCCUCUCCCGCCCAAACAUCUUCAUCCUGAACAACCGCUGGGACGCAUCUGCCUCGGAGCCCGAGUACAUGGAGGAGGUGCGGCGGCAGCACAUGGAACGUUGUACCAGCUUCCUGGUAGAUGAACUGGGUGUGGUGGAUCGAGCCCAGGCUGGGGACCGCAUCUUUUUCGUGUCUGCCAAAGAGGUGCUCAAUGCCAGGAUCCAGAAAGCCCAAGGCAUGCCAGAAGGAGGGGGUGCUCUUGCAGAAGGCUUUCAAGUGAGGAUGUUUGAGUUUCAGAAUUUUGAGAGACGAUUUGAGGAGUGCAUCUCCCAGUCUGCAGUGAAGACCAAAUUUGAGCAGCACACGGUCCGGGCCAAGCAGAUCGCAGAGGCUGUGCGCCUCAUCAUGGACUCUCUGCACAUUGCGGCGCAGGAGCAGCGGGUUUACUGCCUGGAAAUGCGCGAAGAGCGGCAAGACAGGCUGAGCUUUAUUGACAAACAGCUGGAGCUCUUGGCUCAGGACUACAAAGUUCGAAUUAAGCAGAUUACAGAGGAAGUGGAAAGGCAGGUGUCGACUGCAAUGGCAGAGGAGAUUAGACGCCUUUCUGUGCUGGUGGACGAUUACCAGAUGGAUUUUCACCCCUCUCCAGUGGUUCUCAAGGUUUAUAAGAACGAGCUGCACCGCCAUAUAGAGGAGGGACUGGGCCGGAACAUGUCAGACCGCUGCUCCACAGCUAUCACCAGCUCCCUACAAACUAUGCAGCAGGAGAUGAUCGAUGGCUUGAAGCCCCUCCUUCCCGUGUCUGUGCGGAGCCAGAUAGACUUGCUGGUCCCUCGGCAGUGCUUCUCCCUCAGCUACGACCUGAACUGUGACAAGCUAUGUGCUGACUUUCAGGAGGACAUCGAGUUCCACUUUUCUCUUGGGUGGACCAUGCUUGUGAAUAGGUUCCUGGGCCCCAAGAACAGCCGUCGGGCCUUGAUGGGCUACAACGACCAGGUUCAGCGUCCCGUCCCUCUGACACCAGCCAACCCCAGCAUGCCCCCCCUGCCGCAGGGCUCACUCACUCAAGAAGAGCUCAUGGUCUCCAUGGUGACCGGCCUGGCCUCGCUGACGUCCAGGACCUCCAUGGGCAUUCUCGUCGUUGGAGGGGUGGUGUGGAAGGCAGUGGGCUGGCGGCUCAUCGCCCUUUCCUUUGGGCUCUACGGCCUCCUCUAUGUCUACGAGCGCCUGACCUGGACCACCAAGGCCAAGGAGAGGGCCUUCAAGCGUCAGUUUGUGGAGUAUGCCAGUGAGAAGCUGCAGCUCAUCAUCAGCUACACUGGUUCCAACUGCAGCCACCAAGUCCAGCAGGAACUCUCUGGGACUUUUGCUCAUUUGUGCCAGCAAGUUGACAUCACCCGGGAGAACCUGGAGCAGGAAAUUUCUGCCAUGAACAAGAAAAUUGAGGUUCUUGAUUCACUUCAGAGCAAAGCAAAGCUACUCAGGAAUAAAGCUGGGUGGUUGGACAGUGAACUCAACAUGUUCACACACCAGUACUUGCAGCCCAGCAGAUAGUGGGCUGCCAUUGGAGCCAGAGACUGCAUGGAGACGGGCGGGGCCGUGGCCCUUCAGCGCUGCGUGGGGUCCCCCAGGGGCACGUGCAGCUCCUGACCAGGUGCCACCGUGAGAAUGAAAGCACCCUGUCUUGUAAUAUUUUGAGCCCUUAAGCACUAGUUGUUUUCCCCCCGCCCUGCCUGCUGUUGCAGGAAGAUCUUGGCCUCCUACCCCUCCAGGAGACUUUGGUGACGAGGGACAGCAUGGUACUAAGGAGUGGGCGCCACAUCUCCUCUGCUUGUAGGCUUCCCGAUUGAGACUCCUACGGUUGCUUGAUCAGGUCUGUGGCUCUCAGCACUGCAGGGUGUCUGGUGGAGACUUUAACGGGAUCAGACAGACACCCACCUCCUUCUGGCCCAUGCAUACCUGCCCUUCUUGCCCCCCGGCACACCUGCAGAGAGAGGCUGCCUUGGGGACAGUUGGAUUUUUCCCAGACUGCAUCUUUCCAGGAAGGCUGAGUCUAUCUCAGAACGACGUGGCCGUGUCGCUUUGGGCCUUCAGCUUUCAUCCUUCACAUUUGCGGAGCCUUUCGCACCAGUCUUUGUGACGGGGCUUGGUGCUUGGAUUGAGAUAGGCUGGCCCCUGCCAUAGGGGUAGGGAGGAUUCUGCAGGGGAGCUGAGGGGUGAGAGGAGCCUGGGAGAGGGGCGUAGAGGUAGCUGUCACCACGACAAGGAGAGACUCCCUCUUCCUCCCUAUUGUGUCCCUUGCUGUAGUUUUAGUCCGUGGCCUGUGCAGUCUGGUGUUACUGUUGAUGAAGGAUAGUUCGGUUUAGAUUUGUUAAAGGAUGUUGUAGAAGAAAGUAUGGCAGAAGGAGGGGACCUUGGCAAAGGCUGAGAGGAGUGAGCUCCACCUAGGACAGCUGGAGACUGUGGAGUCAACCCGGAACAGGGCUUCUGUUGGACCUUUCUCUGUGGGGGUUUUAUGGGGCCUGAGAGCCCCCACCCAGUUAGCUUGAUUGCAUCCCGUGUUAUGUCCCUUAGAGAUCCCCCCGCAGCCCCAGCUGCCCUUGCCUACCUGUCCUCUGGAGGAAGUCUCCUGGGCCAGUGACUCUGCAGUUGGCCCCAAGAAAGUGUGGGAAACCUAACACCCAUCCUCCCCUAAUUCCCAGAGCCUCAGACUGACACACAUUUGGCUUCAUGUUGACCUUGAGAAAUGUUUUCUGUUGUUGAGUUCGGGGAUUGUUAUACUGGUUGAAGUGGGGCAGGUUCCUGUCCCCGAGUUGUUAACUGUCUGGGAAAGCAGCCUUUGGGUGGCAGAGCCUUUGAAGCACAGGCCAGAGAGUGUCCUCGUGGAGCAAGCAAUGCCUCACCCAGCAAAGAGCCCCUGGCAGAGGCUCAGGCAGCAGUGGAGUUCUUCCUGCUGGGCUCUAAUUCCAGCCAUCGUCUAUCUUUGGGGAGAAGAGUGGGUGGUCGCUGUCACUGAUGGGGGUGGUGAGGAAAUGGAUGAUGUCCUCUCCACGUACCUGCUGUCCUUCAAGCCUCGGUCUACCCUAUUGUGUGACACAAAGAAAUGGACUUUGCCAAGGUGGACACGUGGUGGGAGGAUGUUCUGAGCAUUCUGCCAGGCCUGGAUGGCGGCUUCCUCACAGUGUGUCAGGAAAAAUCAGUGUCACACAAUUCCAGUGAAUUUUGUGCUCUUUUAAAAUAAUUAUUUAAAAUAACCCCACACAUGAAUUUUUUGGAUAUAGUCCCUGGGGGAUGAAUGGAAGCCCAAGCUACUUAUGUAACAAGUACAAUUAAAUUUAUACCACUGAGGGAGAGACUCUUUCUGAAAGAAGUUUGGCAAAAGGCACUUUAAUUUAAUGCUGCUACGUUUGUUCUCUGUUUUUCAUUCGUUAGAGCGCAAGACAUGCUUGACACCAUGAGUUUUCUCUCUGAUGUAUUUAAGGGGAUAUACUUGCCUGAAUUACUCCUGUAUCAUUGCUGAUAAUAUGGACACAGAAAUAAAGCAUAGUUGGAAACCCUUUGUGGGGUUCUCUACCUUGUCUUUUACUGUUCUCAUGCAAACUUCUCUUUGACAUGAGCAAGUCCACAGGGUAUAUAUAUGUAUAUACAUAUGUAUUUAAUAAUUUAUUUUAUUGC